UCGUCGACCGUGAGAGAGGUAUGUCUUCUGGUUGGCUCGGUUGUGGCUGGCUACCCAAUUAUGGGUGAGUACCCGAAACCUACGUUUAGAAUUCUGCAGUCGCCCGUAUUUGAGAACGGCCUCGAACAAGUGUGGCAACGGAGAGUGUCUGACGUACGUCGCCUGGUGGCAAUGGUGCUGCCAACGUCCAAAACGUGCGAGCGACUAUUUUCGGAGUGCAACCGGGUGUUGGCCCCGCAUCAUUGCGGUUUGCUUCCUGUAACUGAGAUACUCGCAUUCCAGUGCACUAAAAAGGCUAUUUGGGACGUCACCACACUGGUAUAG